CCACCAGGAACCGCCAAAAUGCCUCUCCUCGUCUCGUCCCUCGCGCUACGCACGCUCCGGACUCUCGUCCAGCGUCCCGCCACCACUGCCACUACCGUUCUCAAGCGCAACUGCUCCACCUCGACCCUCACCCAACGCCGACCCUUCCAGCCCGUCCUCCGCACGUCCGCAGCACUCAAGAAGCCCUCCGUGACACUCGCGGUCCGGAACUUCUCGACCUCUCCGUUCCGCCAAGCAACCUAUAAUCAGGUCCGUCGGGGAUGCAGAGUUGCGCAGCGCGCGCGUCGCUCCCGCUCUCCGGCCCUGAUCGGUCGGUCUCAGAUGAAGGGGGUGUGUCUGAAGACGGGUAUUACGAAACCGAAGAAGCCGAAUUCUGGAGAGCGGAAGACGGCGAGAGUUAGGUUGAGUAGUGGGAAGGUUGUGACGGCUUAUAUUCCUGGUGAAGGUCACAAUAUCCAGCAGCACAGUGUUGUCAUGGUUCGUGGUGGUCGUGUGCCGGAUUGUCCUGGUGUGAAGUACCAUUUGGUCAGAGGAGCUAUGGAUUUGGGUGGUGUUGCCGGUCGGUUGAACAGUCGGUCCAAGUAUGGUACCAAGAAGCCGAAGAAAGACUAAGGCCGACGCUGGUCAUGGUGGGGAUUGUUUAGAUAUGCUGUAAUUUUGUGAUUCUGUAUCGUUUACCUUUCCUUGACGGAUCGUUGUUAUCAUUAGAAACGGCUAUGUACAUUUAUGAGGCUUUCCGGGAUUCCUUCAUCCACCAGUACAUCUGCACCUGCACCUUGAUACCCUGAAAUAACUGAAAUGAUGAGUACGCCAGCCCGACAAUCUUAUUAACACAUGACACCUGC